AUGGUUGCUCUCGUGCUUAAGAGCGCCUAUAGCCGUACGCAGCUUAGAGUUAGCUUGCACGUAGUUGGAGAAUGCCUUGGGGCAUUCUUUAAUCCUCCGUACCAGUCCCGUUUAGAAGGCCCUACGGCAAGCCGUCUGGGCACUGCUCGCCCUGUCUCUCUCCCUGAGGUAUUGGAGAUACCUUUGGUGGCUACGGAUCCUGAGGUACUGGCUCCAAGCUUGACGCUUUCGGAUUUGUGCCCUUGCUACCCUGCUGGGCCACCAGGGGAGUUUGCCAUUUCUGCGGAUCCUCCUUAG